AUGCUGUCCAACAAAACGUCGUCCUACAGCGUGACCUUUCCGAGCCCCGUGAACGAGGUUUCGCGGCCACGGGGGAAUCGCGUCCCCCCGCUUUCCAAGCGCGACGCUUCCAUCGGGAAUAAAAAAGGCCUCGCUGCUUCCAUAGAAAAGUGGGGAAAGGGAAAACGAAAACCUUUGGUCAGUGAUAAACAACAGGGCUCGUUCACACAGGCGCGGGCCACCUUUACGGGGCCUCACACGUCGUCUUGGAGUACGGGGCCGGCGGACACGCACACCCACCGCGGGGAAAGCCCCAACCUUGGUGAGAUAUCCCACCAUCGUGGAAAAAACGAGGAUGGAUGGGGCUCCACGGGGGGAGGGGGUUCGGUGGUGAUUUUGCGGCCCGAGCGCGACUCGCCGCGCUUUCACCUGGCCGUCCAAGCCCUCCAGGAGGGGUGUAUUCAAUCGUUUAUUCGGUUUUUCUACCUCUCGCAUCGCGACCCGGUUUGCGUGAACGAGCUCUCGCAGACGCACUUUACGAUCCCGGAGGGGCGGCUGGGGUGGGUUCAACAGCAGCUCUCCGCGGUGGAGGUCCUCCGCCGGCAGAGCGAAUUUCGCGAAGUCCUCCACGCCUGCGGGGAGCUCGCGGUGUAUUUUGAGUCCGAGGGGGAUUUCCUCGAGGCUGCUUGGCAUCACGAACGCGCGCUGGCCUUCAUGAUCGAAUCCCUCGACGUCUCGCUCGAGCAGGUCGCCCGGGAAGCCUUCGCGAGGUUUCUCCAGCGCGUCGGCCGCAUCGAGGCGGCGGCGGAGCAGUACGAAGCGAUGUAUUCCCUCGCAAAGGCCGUCCAAGAUGAGGAAAAGGCCCUCGCCGUGAGCCUCUCCCUCGUGACCCUCUGCCAAGAAAUGGGGGAGCGCGAGCUUCGGGCGGGGAAUUUGCAAACCGCGCGGGAGUAUUUUGAGCGCUGCGUCCUUCGCGCGAAGCGCUCGCGCUACGGGGUCGAGGAGGGCUCCGCCUAUGAGGCCCUCGGCCACCUGCACGAGAAAAAAGGAAAUUUGUACACCGCGCUGGAGUACCAAAAGAACUUCCGCGUCGUCGCCCAGCGCGAGAAGCUGUAUGAAAAGGAAUGCCAGGCGAUCAUGAACGUCGCGAGUUUGGAAGAUCGGGUCGGAGAAAACACCCAGGCCAUUGCCUCCCUGCAAGAGGCCGUCGACAUGGCCCGCAAGCUCGGGGAUUCCGUUAAGAUCGCGAAGGCGACGAUGAACCUCGGCGAGGCCUAUCGUUCGAGUAUGCGGGAGGGAAUGCGGCAUCGGAACCCUGAGGAGGAUGGGAAUACCUCGACGGAGGUUAUAGUGCGCUUCUCCGAGAGCUUUGAGGCCGCAAGGCAGUCGAGGGAUAUGGAACUGAUCGAUAGCGCGCGCGUGUUGUUGGGCUUUGCCAGAGGGGGGCAUUAUUUUAAACACGUCGGCAAUGGAAGGGGGUACCCCGACAUUGUGUGUAAUGACGUGCGAGCCCAGCUCAAAUGGAUGAGUACUGGGGAAUUAUAG